AUGGGGGCAUCGACCGCAGGGGAACGGGGCGGGCGCGAGCCUGCGGCAGGCGCUAUGUCGGCGAUCGGGGAGGUAGCCAAGCAGCUACAGUCCAACUACCGGGAAACCACGCCCAAGAGGCUGCGGAUGUUGGAUAUGUUUCUGCUCUUCGUGUUCACGACUGGGGUGCUGCAGGUGAUGGAAGCGAGCGAUAACGGGGGGGUCGUUCGGGGGCGGUCACUGGAGCGAUGCUUCGCGGAGUACGUGGUGUGCAACAUGGUCCUCUUCUUGGUGGUGAUGAACUUCAUGGGGUGA